AUGUUUUCUCGCGACUAUUUUUCUCCGCCAUCACCCUCGCAGACCACACGCUCCUCAUCUCCCGACUCCCCUUGGUCGCCUCCCUCCCUCCGAUCUAGGUUCCCCGAAUCGGGGGAGCGUUUCACAAGAAAAAUGACUCCCGUCCCAGGGGUGACCAUCGGUCAUCCAUCCUCAACGACAACGCACCCUCCGGUGCCUUCGACCGCCCCAUCCGUUCCACCCCUCCCUUCCAAUCCGUCCGACCUCGCAGCGUUAGCGUUGCAGGCCGUGUGGAAACCUACAAUACAUCCACACUACAACACGUUGUGGCCUGAAAGCUACGAGGGCAAAAUAGAGAGGGCGAAUAUGAUCUUUGAAAGGUGGCCGGUGUCUAAAAACCUCCUCCUCAUGACCUCCUCCCCCGAAACCCUCGUCUCCCUCGUCAUCUUCAUAAGCGAGCACCACGCGCAAAAGACAUCCUCCCCAGGCUAUUCCUUUACCACGUGUACUCAUACACGUCCCGACAUGGAGCCCAUUGCGGAGCACUUCGAGCUGAUCGAAGAGCAAUGGGGCAAGACCAUUGCUGUAUUCGGCGAUCCCAGCCAAUUCAAGGGAAUACAUCCAGGCGGGAUUAGAUGCAAGGUGUUGGAAGAGGUGCUGGAACAGAGGCGCGAUGUGACGAUAAGGAAAGUGACCUUGGAGAGGGCGGUGGAGGAAAGAAGGGCCAGGAUGGCGGAGCAAGAGAGGAGAAUGGAGGAUGCGAGGUUGGAAAGAGAAGAAAUCGAGCGGAAAAAGGCGGAGGAUGAGAAAGCUAAAGAGCAGCAACGGGUUGAGAAGGACAAUCAGAAGAGAGAGAGAGAGGAGAGAAAGAAAGAGAGGGAGCAAAAGAGACUGGAGAGAGAAGAGGCGAAGCUAAGAAAGGCGAAAGAGAAGGAAGCGAAAGCGAAAGAAAAGGAGGCGAAAGCGAAAGAAAAGGAGAAGAAGGCCAAGCAGAUCCUCCCGAGCAACAAUGCGCGGACAAGGACCAAGAGGGUGGAUGCCGCGAAGAGGGCGGCGCAGACGUCGUCGACGCCGAAGGCAAAGAAGGGCGGGAGGACACCGAAGCCUGUUCCUACUCUUGAGCUGGAGCCUUUCGAUGGACAGGACCAUGAUGAGGAGGCGGACGCCAACAGCGACGUUGAAGAUGAGGCAGAGAACGAGAACGAGGCGACGGAGGAGGUGCAGGAGGCAGAGAUGGAUGCUCCAGUCGCAUCUUCCUCGCAACACUCAAAAGGCAGACGCGCCCCUGCUCCAUCCGACUCAAGGAAAACGGUUACCCGGAGAAAGAAGGAUCAGAACGAUACUCAGGCCACUCAACCUUCCUCCACUCUCGCCCCCGCCACCCCCGCUCCUUCGCACGAAACUCAGGGCUCUGACCGGAAAGCACAGACCCGUCCGGUGAAGUCUCUCCCUGGGCGCAAGACCCGCUCCGGGAACAUCAGCGCUGACACGGUCCCUGCUACCACGCCGACCAUCAUCCCCACAAACUCGACUGCUCUUCCAGUUCCAGCGACCCCCGAGCCCGUCUACCAACGCCGUAUGACCGCUCUGGGAAAGACAGAGGUCCACGGAGAUCCGGAAUCGGAGGGGGAGGAUAAGGAAAAUCUUCCGACACCUCCGCGCCCUCAGGCUCAUUCAUCGCCCAUCAGGAUUCGGAUCUCGAAGUCCCAACGUCGAACUAUCCAGCCCGUAUCCAGUGCAGGUGCAGGCAGCAGCGAGGCAGAUACUCUGCCGAGAACUCAGGCUGCCCAGGAGUCUGAGACGAAUGAGCGUGGAAAGGGGAAAGGGGCUCGGGCUCCAGCCACUGCAGUGCGGGUCUCGAAGAGGAAGCGUGGCCUUGAGCCUACAGAACCUGAACCAGAGCCCUCACUGAGCCUUGAUGUCGACGUCGACGUAGAGGUCCAGGUGGAUGCCCACGGCGCAGAAGUCUUGCCUGGGACUGUGGACCAAGAAGAAGCGGUCCCCCAGGUUGCGACGGGUGUAUCUAAGGAGCCAGAGGCAUUGGGGAAGGGCAAGCGCACGAGGAGGAGUACCCCGAAGGCGAUAGAGGCGGUGAAAAGUCAGAACGGUAGGGGGCGUAAGGCUGCCAAGAGGAACUGA